AUGGCCGACUCAGAAGACUUUUGGCAUCCUUUCUUCAAAAUCCGCAUCGAUAAUCAAAAGAAUCGAGGCUCAAGAAAUGAACUCACUGCUAAUGACCUUGUUUUAUCACUAUAUAUGAUUGUUCUACUGGCUGGGGACGGAAAAUUACAGGAAAUAGAAUGGGAACAGUGGAAUAACGCUACAGUGAACACACAAAAAGUCGUACGGACCCACGGUGCGUUCGCAUUUGGCCACAGAGAGCCUACCAAAGGAGGUGUUAUAUUUCUAAGUAAGGCUGCGACCAGCUCAAGUUUGCUUAUCCGAUGUUCUUCAGGAAAGUUCCCGUUCGCCCUGCAGCCCGCAAGCGGUGAUCUUCUCGUACCUGCCAAGUCUACCUAG